AUGAGUAAAUAUACAAUUCCAAACUUGCCAGACCCUCAACAAGUUUUAGAAGAUUUAGGCAAUCCAAAUGUUAUAAAAUGUGAUCAACAAUUAAAAUUAACAGACGCCGAUGAGACACUACAAGAUUCUUAUGAAUGUUACAAAUAUGUUAAAUUAUUACAAAAUGAUCUAAUGAAACAAGAGGAACUUAAUUCGAAACUGGAAAGUUUAAAUAAAAAACUUGUGGAAAAUAUAGAAAAAAUGAAAAACCAACUAUAA